AUGAGGUUCUGUGGGAUCCACUGCUCCCUGACCCUGCUGGGUCUGUCUCUGGUUCUGUGCAGCCACAGUGCCGCCUCACAGCCGGACCUGGACCUGGACCUCCGUCACCACAGGCUACUUCAGAGAGCUCGCGCUGCUGGCAUGGCAACACAGGAAUGGAACAAGCGUGCGAUGGAGGACCUGCUAUCCCAGCUCUCCCUACCGGAGGCAGAGACUCAGGACAGGGAGGUCUCUACAGUGGGGACCAAAGAUGACGUCCACAUGGAACGUUCUGCGGAGAACAACAACAUACCUCCUAAGGAACGCAAAUCUAGCUGCAAAAACUUCUACUGGAAAGGGCGUACUUCCUGCUGA